AUGGAUUCUCAGGUGAUUGUAGCGCUUGCUCUGUCGCUGGUUGGCAGCCUCAGCACUUCACUUGGUGCUCUACUUGUAAUCCUUUCUGGGGCGCCAAGUUUGAAGAUGCUUGGCCUUUUACAAGGUUUUGCUGCAGGUCUUAUGUUGAGUAUAUUGUUCUUUGAUCUCGCUCAUAAUGCCAUCAACUCGAUUGGCUUUCUGAAGAGAAAUCUUUGGUUUUUUGCCGGGAUUAUAUUCUUUGCUGUAAUUGUGACAUUCAUUCCUGAACCACAAAUAGCCCCAGCCUCAGAAGGAAAAAGGAAAAAGGUUUCCGAAAUCCUUCGUUUUGCUGGAUAUUCCAUGUUUGAAUGGGGAAAGGAUAUGUUGAAAAAGCAUCGUCGACAUGUUUUCUACAAUGGUAUUGUUACCGCAAUCGGAAUAAACUUGCACAAUCUGCCCAAGGGCAUGGCUGUGUUCCUCGGAUCGCUAAAGGGUCUUCGUGUUGGUCUAAAUUUAGCUUUCGCAAUUGCUCUGCACAAUAUCCCAGAGGGUGUUGCAGUUGCACUACCUGUUUACUUUACAUCACAAAGCAAAUGGGAAGCGUUCAAAUUGGCGACACUUUUUGGGGUUGCAGAACCUCUCGGUGUUGUAGUUGUAGCAUAUCUAUUCCCAAGCAGCUUGAAUCCUGAAAUACUGGAGGGUCUACUGGGAGCAGUUGGCGGAGUAAUGGCGUUCCUCACCUUACACGAGAUGCUGCCAUUAGCUUUUGAUUAUGCUGGACAGAAGCAAGCUGUUAAGGCUGUGUUCUUUGGAAUGGCCUUCAUGUCUUCAAGCCUUUACUUUCUCCAAAUCAGCUUACCUGAGGAUAUGAGUUUGUAG